AUGUUAAAGACCACUCUCAAUUAUUCAUGUGCAGGUAAUGAAAUCUAUUAAUAUUUUGGAUAUAGAUUUAACCUAGAAGUAAACCUAAUAUGAAAAUAAAAAAUUUGGUAUAGUGAUAGAUAAGGAAAACUCUUAUGCCGUUUUGCAAAAGAAGAAGUAGCUUUAAAAUAGGGAAAAUAAUAGUCAAUCUUAAUAAAAGGGAGAUUUUAGAUCAAAUAGUAGUUUAUAGAAAACAUCUUCACUAUAAUAAUUUUAUAGAGCAUCAUCUACAAAUGAUAAAAAUUCUUAUCAAAAUUAGAAAAAUACUUAUGCAUACUUAAAAGACAUGAAAAAUUAAUCAUCUAUUUAAUAGAUUUAAUAAAAUAGUUAUUAAUAACGUCAUAUUUCCUCUAAACAACUUAAGGAAUAGAAUGGUAAGUUAAUUGAAUAAGCAUUAAAUAAUUAAUUAAAAGCAAAUACACUUGAAAAUUAUGAAGACAAGAAGGUUAAUCUAAAAUUGAUGAAAAGUUGUUAGGAUAAAUAAAAAAAUCUCAAAACAAAAGAUCAAAUAGAAUGUAACAAUCAAUAAAUUAUGGAUAAUAAAACAGAUAGAUAAAAAUAAAAAUAAUAAGGAUUAUUGUCUAAAUAUUUCCCAAUAUAAGGAAAUGAAUAAUAAAAUGAUAAAAAUGCAGAUGAUAAAAAAUAAACAAGAGAUGUUAAACAAAUUUACAAUAUAUAUACAUAAAUUAAAGAUAUUAAAAAUUACUAUACAAAUUCAUUAAAAUAAACUCAAGAAAAGAAAGGAUUAUAACUUUAAGAUUUUGUCACUUAACUUACUGUAAAUAAUAUCAAGAAUUCAUAAAAAUAAUUAAUGAAUAAUUUCACUCUUAUUAAAACUGAUAGAUAAUAAUAUAAUGAGAUUAAAUAAACACAUUUCAAUAAAAGUAGUGAAACAUAAUAAAGCGAACCUGUAAUAAUAAUUAUAUUAUCAUUAUUAGUUUCUAUAUUAUAUUUCAAGUAUACUAUAAUCAUUAAGAAAACAAGAAUCAAAUAAAUAUGAUGAUAAAAUAAGAGAUCACUUUUCAUAAACCUAUUAAGUAUAAUAAAAUUAUAAUUAUAAAAGGGAUUAUUAUUUGCAAAUCAACUUAAUUUAAAUUUUGAUGAAGAUAAGAUUGUUAAUCUUCCAAGAUCUAAUAAUUUAAAAACAAUUGUAUUUGAUUUGGAUGAAACAUUAAUUCAUUGUAAUGAAAAUGCUUAGAUUCCUGGUGAUGUUAUAUUACCUAUUACAUUUCCAAAUGGAGAAACUAUUCAAGCUUCUAUAAAUAUUAGACCUUAUGCUUAGAAAGUACUUUAAACACUUUCUAAACAUUUUGAGAUCAUUAUUUUUACAGCUUCACAUUCAAGUUAUGCCAAUAUUGUAAUUGAUUAUUUGGAUCCAAAAAAAUAAUGGAUAUCCCAUAGACUUUAUAGGGAGAAUUGUUUAUAGAGUCCUGAAGGGGCAUAUGUAAAAGAUUUAAGGUAAAUGUUAAUUAUUUUUAGAGUAUUAGGAAAUCGGAAAUUAUCGAAUGUACUUUUAAUAGAUAAUGCUUCAUAUUCAUUUAGUUAAUAGAUUGAGAAUGGAGUACCAAUUAUAUCAUUUUAUGAUAAUUAUGAUGAUUAGGAAUUAUUAUAUUUACAAAAUUAUUUGUUAAGUUUUAGAUAUGAAAAAGAUGUGAGAGAUUUAAAUUAAAGAAUGCUAAAAUUAAAUUUAUUUAUAAAUUAUUAAGAUUUAAAGGAAUUACUAUAAAGUUUAUUUGCUAUGUACAUUUGA